UUUUUACUACAACGGAUCGCAUUGGAUGACGUCAUUCACUACGCGACUUCCUGUUUCGUGCACUAGAGAGAGUAGCAAGAUGGCGGCGGCGGCGGCUCUGCGGUGGGAGGAGUGAAGCUAAAUUUUCUGGAGUAGCAUUAUGGCGGCCGGUGGUUUCCAAGGAGACGCCCGCGUUGGGCUGCUGAUUCUGUGACAGAAAACGUCCCCGGGCCCGGGAGAAGGAGAGAGAGGGAUGUCGGCGUGUGAGGAAGAGAGCGCCGUUCCAGCUCACCGGGCCCCUCAGCCCCUCCCACCGGACCCUGAACCGGCGCAGGCUCACCCGCUACUGGACAUCACCCUGACACCGGACAAAGGGGGAGGGAUACUGCGCAGGGAGCCGUCCGGGAGGAAGAAAGGACCGCGCCAGGUGAGGGGACGCACUCCGCUGACGGUUCGCUUUGACGUAGAUGAAGAGGCGUCGGGCGUAGAGGAGGCCGCCGCCCUCCCCGGAGGACUGUCGGCUCCCAGAAUGCACAGCAGCGAGGCCCUCAAGCAGGAAGUGCGGGUUCAGGCGCGGAGGGAGUUCGAUGCUCAGAGCGCGGUGCGGACUGAGCUGGUGCGAUCCUAUCGCAUGAAGUCCAGCGUGGAGAGCGAGGCCUCCAGAGCUCUGAACGUGUGCCGGGAGCAGAACCUGUACCGGGGGCUGGUGAGCGUGGAGCCGCCCAGCGAACAUAUCCAGAGACUGACCGCCCGCCAGAGGAAGGCGGAGCCCCGAGAGCCACAGGUCCCUUCAGCGGACGGCCCGGACAUCUUCGCCUUUACCGAUUCCGCCGAUCGAUUCACGGAGACCCCGUACCUGAGUGUGGAAGGACUGCCGCCCUUAACCUUGAAGUCCCACACCCGACCUCCCCAUACCACGUUCAGCAUGUUCCACAAGCUGGGGGAGUGGGCGUCCUAGCAUCCGACCGCCACCCACGGGGGACCGCUUUGUACAGUUUUUGUAUUGACUAUUUUUUAUUAAUAAAGUUAUUUAUCCUUCUUUUUUUUAAUAUUAAAGAUAAACUGCGAUGA